UUUGGAGAGACCUGUCUUAAGACAAAAGUUUCCUCACAUUUUUACUUAGAGGUUCGUGUAUAUAUAUAUUUAUACUCGCAUUGCCUUGCUCUGCUCCACUCGGACCACCCCAACCUAUUUUCAUCCUUUCUGGUGCUCGAGUUUGUCUUAUAGCUCCGACUAGAAAUCCUUUGUCAUAAAAUCGACAUGGUUGGAUUCCUUCUUUCUGGUAACAAACUAUCUGGCAGGGUACAGAUUGUAUAGGAUUGAAAAGUUAUAAAAAUGCGUGGCAGUGGUAGGGCUUUGCGGGCUACAGCUGGAGCUGUUGUGUUUGCUGCUGUCUUACUCUUAUGGUUCUUGUUAUUUAGCAUAGUAGCCAACAAUGCCUCUGAUAAGGCAGCAACAAGAAUUUCAUCCACCAGAAACCUUAGCAUUUUAACGCUGAUAGCAAGUAGAAGCCGUUAUCUUCCUCGACGUCCUCCCAAGUACAUUUCUGUGAGCAAGAGAAGAGUGCCUGCCGGACCUGAUCCCAUCCAUAACAGGAGAGCCAGAAGUUCCCGACUACCACCUAGUUGAGCAAAAACGUCAAAAAGUUUAAGAAGAUUCAGAAAUCCCUUUGGCUUAGUCGUGGAAGAAAAUGCUUUUCCGCGACACUGCGUUCCAUCUUUGCUGUUGAUUUAGGAUAUUUUCAAAUUGAAGUUUGACUUGUUGGGCAGCCUAAACUCACAUCAUUGUUGUAUGAUGUAUAAUACUGAGAAUUGGAAAGAAGUGGAUGAAGGCAUGCUGAAGUUUCGCUGCUAUCAUAUAUGAGCAAAAAUUUCUUGGGAAUGCUGUUUGAGAAUAUUUUUUGUUUUAGAGCAUCCUAAUCAGUGUGUGUAUUCACACAAGCUUCUCCAGCACAUGGUACUUUUAAACUAGAUGGAUUGUGAAAGACCUCUGAAGGGUAUUCUCAUGCCUCAACUUCAGGAAGGAUUGACAGAUUCUCAUCCGCAAAAAACAUUGCAGGAGAAAUGAAGCAUAUUUCAAGAAAGGUGUCAUAGGACAAUGUGUUUGUGUAGGCAUGCAUCAUGCAUGGAUUGAAGGGUGAUUUGUCUUUUGCUUUUCGAUUGGAUUGGCUUUCUUUUGUUUUUAAGUGGCUCGUGUUCCCCAAAUAAAGCAUUUGCGCCCUGCUCGGGUUAAAGCUCUAAAAAGUGCUCUUUCUGGAUAAACAAAAAAAUUUCUUUUUUUUUGGCCGUAAUCGUGUGAUAUGAUGGUUCCUAGAUUAUUAGCCAAUUAAUGCACCAUUUCCGUCUGUUGUACAUAAAAGCUUUUUUAGGUGAAGCAUAGUGUAAAUUUGUUGAUGAGUGCUGAGAGAUUUGUCCAGUGGGGAAUGAGGUUAAAAAAAAGAGGGUUACGUAUAUGGUGAAACAUGUUAUAGC